GAUCGACCGGAUCAUGACACAAAAUGUUUAUCUAAAAUGUUUUACAUGUACACACUGGUUUCCCGUUGUAUCAGUAAUCGUAGGAUAGUAAAAUUUUAAACGUUCAACUAAUAAAAUACGUAGUUAAUACUGCAUUAAGAUUAGCAUAAAGAACACGCGUUUUAAAUGUUGAUUUCUUUGUUAAUCUGGCGUAAAUUUUGUUAAAAAUAGUGACAUAGCGCCAAAGGAAUAUAAUAUAACGUUAAUGAAAUAAAUUAAUUCAUAGUAUGACAAUAUUAUAAGUGAUAUAAAACAAACGAACACGUUUUGAUAUUAGGAAUAUUUUAAAAUGGCGUAGUUGUGUAUAUUCAUUUAUAUAACAAUACGAUGGCAAGAAAUGAAAUAAAGCGGGAUGGAUUUAAGUCAGCCAAUCAACAAGCAAUUAAAUGUGAUAUAUGUGAUCAAACGUUUGCCAGGAAUAAUGCCCUUAUUAGACAUAAGCGGAUUCACACAGGGGAAAAGCCGUAUCACUGUAUGUACUGCAAAAUUAGUUUUCUGCACUCUUCAAGAUAUAAGAGACAUAUGGAUUUUGAACAUGGAAUUGGGAAACAUCGUGCCAUUCUCAAACAAAGCAACAGGAACAUCGGUAAACCUCAUACAAUGUCAAGGAACACAUUGGAGCCUGACAACAGGGAAACAUCUGUCCCUAGCAGUAGCAACAACAACAACAGAGGAGUCGUCAGAAAAUGUAGUAUCUGCACAAGUACAUUUCGAAGUGGCCAGUCUUUAGUAAGCCAUAUGAGGUUGCAUAAAAUUCAAAAAAUAAUGCCAAGAAAUAAUUUAAGAAACAUCGUAAGUAAAGCCGGCAUAGACAAAACGAUUCAAGCCAACAUGCGUAUAGAAGAUAAAACUAUAAGUAAACAUUUUAUAAUUCCAAAAGACAUAAAACAGUUUGCUCACACUAAAACUGCAAGUGCAUCCGAUGAGAAAAUGAGCGAUGUGAUGCUUUCUGUUAAGCCGUCAUCAUUAUCAUCAGAUAAAAAAGAUCGCACCAAGCAUGUUGUUGUAAACAAAACCGAAAGUCCUUGCGACGAUUUAAAGAAAUUGGAAAAUUAUUCAAAUUCUCGGGAAUCUUUAAAGAAAUCAAAAAUGAAUAAAGAAACAUUCACGUGUACUCGAUGCAGGGCACAAUUCAAACAAAAAAGUACUUUUGAGUAUCACACAUAUAACGUAUGUAAUGCAGUGGACCAAAAUCAAACAUUCAAAUGUGAGCAAUGUUUCAAAAUAUUUAAGACGAUUUUUGGGUUGAAGUUGCAUAUGUCUUUUAAACAUGCAGGGCGACACAAACGUGGUGAACCAUAUUCAUGCCCGCAUUGUAAAAGAGAAUUUUCCUUUAAAUACAGUCGAGAUAGACAUGUCAUAACACAGAAAAACUGUGCGCAGCCUAAAAAAGUAAACAAGGUGACAAAAAAAGCGGUAUUUUGCGGAAAGAGUCAACCAUAUGCAUGUCAUAUUUGUAAAAGGAAUUUUUCUUACAAAGCCAGUAGAGAUAGACAUGUUAAACUUAUUCAUAAAGAUGCAUUGCAACCUAGCCAAGUAGUAACAAAGUUAGGGCUGCGCAAAUCGAAGAUUCCAGGUCGCACAUUAUUCUCGUGUCCUCAUUGUGAAAAACAGUAUGAUAGGAUACUCCCUUUAGAAAACCAUAUAAGUAAAUAUCAUCAAAGCAUGGUGCAAUCAAGCAAAUCAGGCGUUGUGUUGGGAGUCCAGGAAAACAUUGGGACAUCAAAAGAUGAUGAUAAAACAACGUCUAUUUAUACAUGUAAACAAUGCAACUCGUCGUUUUUGAAAGAAUAUUUACUCCGUAAACAUGUGAUGAAGAUACAUUGGAAGGAAGACAACAAGUUAAACAGAAUUAAACAAACUACUACAAAAAAGAUAAAGCUGAGUGAAGAAAUAAACGUCUCCGGAAAAAAUUCUCUUGCCGAAAUAAACGUCUCCGAAAAUUCUCAUAAACUCAAUAGCUGUGAAAGUAGAGAAGACAACGAGUUAAAAAGAAUUAAACAAACUACUAAAAAGAAGAUAAAAAUGUGUGAAGAAAUAAACGUCUCUGAAAAAAAUUCUCUUGCCGAAAUAAACGUCUCUAAAAAUUCUCAUAAAAUCAAUAGCUGUGAAGGUAGAGAAGACAACAAGUUAAACAGUAUUAAACAAACUACUACAAAGAAGAUAAAGCGGAGUGGACAAAUAAACGUCUCUGAAAAAAAAUCUCUUGCCGAAACAAACGUCUCUGAAAAUUCUUAUAAACUCAAUAGCUGUGAUGGUAGAGAAAAUACGUUUACACAGCAAAGGGGACACAUAAUGCAAAGUACUAAUGAAAACAUCAGUAAAAGAUUUACGGAUACAAAGAGUAGAAAUAUCACAAUGAACAGCAAUGAUCGUCUGUCCGACAAAGGUCAACAGUUAAAUAGAUCAUCAUUUAAAUUAAGAAAUGGUAAUGCCAAUUUUGGGAAGAAACUUGGAGAAGAAAAGAAACAAUUAAACAAAGAGAUUUUAAAAGAAUAUCGUGUCGAUACCAGUAUGUUUGGACAACGUCGACUUGAUCCUUCAACAAAAAGGAUGGUUCAUACAUGUGAAGUAUGCUCAACAACAUACACGAUGGCGGAGAAUUUGACCCGCCAUAUCAAACAAAGGGCUUACAACCAUGGUUACUAUCUAAAGCUGCGAACGGAACAAAAAUUAAAUAAGCACCAGUCAGUUGAUGACACAACUGGGAAAAAAUCUAAUAAUCAUAAUGAAAUACCAAAUAAUCAGCCACAGCCACCACCAAAACUAAUAAGCCGUUUUGCGUGUGAUAUAUGCCUGCAGAAAUUUACAAGAAGAUUCAAUAUGCUUUCUCAUAGACAGGCACAUACCAAAGAGGAAUUUAAAACUGCAGGUGCACGCGAAGAUGUUUAUAAAUCGCCGAAUGGUGGGACUAUUAUACAUCUUGAUGAAUAUUUUGAACCAAAAAUAAAUUCAGAACAUGAAGUAACAAGUAGUACCAACAUUUCCCAAAUCAGUGAACUGUCAAAUCAAAAGGAAAAUGAUCGAUUGACGGUUUAUUUGGACAGGGCAGACGAUGGCAAUUUCCAAGUAUCUACAGAUGAUUAUUCAGAGAACCCAGUCAUCACUGCACGUUUAUUAUUUGCUGAAGCAUUCGCUGAAACUGAAUUACGUAACAGUUUAUCAAAGGAAGAUAAUUUCAAAAUUGUUAAGAAAACACAGAGUAUGUCAAAUCGUGUCAAAAAUAGUAACGUUCCCGAAAUACGUGAUAAGCAAAGCAAUAAAUCGAAUAUGGCUUCAACUUCUCUAUGCACAAUAAAAGCAAUAAAACAAACAGUAGGCAUAAACAGACCAAAUCAAAAACAAACUCUUGAAAAAACAAAGACAGUAAAAAGCUUGUGUGAGACAUAUUCUACUAAACGUGGAAGUACAUCCACAGUUCAUAUGGCGGAAGCGCCGAAAGAAAUGUCAAAUGACAUACAAGAAAAUAAUCAAAAAGAAAAUCAAAUCAUAUUACCAUUAAGAAGUUACAAUACGCUGCCUGUGCAACUUAAAAAUACGUGUGCUGAACUUCCAAAAGAAUCACGUGUUUCAAGUAAAAUUAUGCCCUCGAAUCAAAACAACAUCUCAAAUGAAUUGACUAUCACAAAUGGAAUAAUUGCCAAUGAACAAAUGGAAAAAGAACAAGAAUGUGUUUCUAGUAAGAUAUCAAUUAUCCAUGUACAAGUGGCAGAUAACCAUGAUUCAAUUACUCAUAUUGAUGACAAUAUUAAAAUGUGUAUGACUUGUGGAAUUGCACUUGAGAAUGAUCAAAAACGUCUGUGUUGCAAGCUUUGUGAUAAGAUGUUUUGCAUAAGAUGUUCAGAUUUACCAAAUGACAUUUACAAUGAUUUGUUUGAUAAAGGUGCAGAGUGUCCCAGUGGCGUAAUGUGGACGUGCUGUGUUUGCAAGCAUUUAGUUCCAAAAUUUACUGUGUUACUUUCACAACUCGGUGACUUUGAACAAAUUAUAGACAAUCGUCUAACUGAUAUGGAACAAAAGUUAUCAAUGAUAGGGAAGAAAAUGAAUUAAAUUGAUGACUAAUGACAUUCAGUUUCUUUAGUUCAUGUAUAAUUUUGUAGUUUCGAAUAUGUUUUGUACAUGUGUGUUACAUAUAAACUGUUUAUAUUCUUGUUCCACAAUAUUCGUUGUUUUGAGCUAGUUGAAUACUAUUUAGGGCUUACUCUUAUUUUGUAAAGAAGUAGUAAUUUUUCCAUCAAAUUUACUUGUUUUUUUUAAUUUGGCUCAUUUGUUAAAACAUUCAUGCUUGGAUCUUUUUGUGUCGCCUCUACGGAGUAGUGGCAACAUAUAGGGAUCACUUCUCCGUCGUCUGUCUGUCCGUCUGUCUGUCUGUCUGUCUGUCUGUCCGUCUGUCCGUCCGUCCGUCCGUCACAAAACUUGUCCGGACUACCCCUCAUAAACUACUGGUGCAAUUUCAUCCAAACUUUACAGGAAUGAUCAGUAUCAAGUCUAGUUGUGCAUAUUGUCAGCAUUUUCCGGUUCAAUGAUUUUUGUCAGAGUUAUGGCCCUUUAAUAAUUUUUAAUUUUAAAGUUUGUCCGGACUAGUUCUCUUAUACCACUAAUGCAAUUUCAAUGAAACUUUACAGGAUUGAUCUGUAGCUCAAGUCCUUGCGCAUAUUGCAAGGGUUUUCCGGUUGAAUGAUUUUUGGCCGAGUUAUGGCCCUUUGAUAAAAAUGUUUUUUUUUGUGUGUGUUGCCAGAUACACAAUAGCUUGUCCGGACUACUCCUCAUAAACUACUGGUGCAAUUUCAUCCAAACUUUACAGGAAUGAUCAGUACCAAGUCUAGUUGUGCAUAUUGUCAGCAUUUUCCGGUUCAAUGAUUUUUGUCAGAGUUAUGGCCCUUUAAUAAUUUUUAUUUUUAAAGUUUGUCCGGACUAGUUCUCUUAUACCAUUUAUGCAAUUUCAAUGAAUUUUUACAGGAUUGAUCUGUAGCUCAGGUCCUUGCGCAUAGUGCACGGGUUUUCCGGUUGAAUGAUUUUUGGCUGAGUUAUGGCCCUUUGAUAAAAAGGUGUUUUUUUCUGUGUGUUGCCAAAUACGCAAAAGCUUGUCCGGACUACUCCUCAUAAGCUACUGGUGCAAUUUUAUCCAAACUUUACAUGAUUGAUCAGUACUUAGUCUAGUUGUGCACUGUCCGUCUGUCUGUCCGUCUGUCACAAAAUUUGUCCCAACAUGAAAUUGGCCAUUAUGAGGCGACACAUGUGAUUACUGAUCGCUCUUGUUUUAAUAGCUGUAUCGUAAAAUUUCUGUACCUUCAUUUAGUUUGCUAUAAAAUAGAUUUACAAUAAGAUUGUUAUUUUAUACAUUUUAUUUGCUUAUUUUAGAUAAUAUGUUUUAUAUAAUAAUAUUAUAAAUGUUGUAUAAAUAUUUUAGAAAGAAAUGUAUGAAGAAUAUAUAUUUUUAAUCCAAAAUUUCAGUUUGUUUAAAUAAAUACAUUUUAUAUUUGUAAUUACAUUGUAUUAAACUAAACGUUCCGCAAGUGACAGUAACAAAUGCAAGCAAAAAUAUUGUUGUUUUUUUUAAAUAUUGUUUGUGUUGAUGAGGAUAAUAUUCAACAAAUUGUGAGAAUUUUAACAUUGUAUUUGGGCUGGCAGAUAAAAAAUAUAAGUGAGUUUAAGUAUUAUAUAAAAUAUGUUUGGACUUAAGGUACAUGCAACAGUUCAAUUAUUGUAUUUUAUGUCUUUUUGUUUGUUCUAUUGUGUUGUAUUUGUUUGGGUUUUUUUGUAAAAUACAUUUUAGAAUUGUUUUAA